UGCACCGGAAGUAACACAGAAGAAGAAGCAGUAGUAAAGAUGGCCGACAAUAGCAACACAGAUCGCACGGAGGAUGACAACAUGGAUAACACUGUUGCUUCAGGAGGAUCUAUGAUGGUGAUCACUGUCAAAACCCCCAAUGGAAAAGAGGACAUUUCUAUAUCGGAGGACUCUUCUGUCUCAGAGUUCAAACAGGAGGUAUCCAAAAAAUUUGAGGCCCAGCAGGACCAGCUGGUGUUGAUAUUUGCUGGAAAGAUUCUGAAGGAUGGUGAUCCUUUAAAGCAGCACGGUAUCAAAGACGGGUUAACUGUUCACCUUGUCAUCAAGACUGUCCCAAAAUCAACAGGUGAUGGCCCAUCUCAGACAAGUUCCAAUUAUGGAAACCCUCCAAGUUACAGCAGCAUCACCACAAACCCCACUGUAGCGGACAGAGCAGAGGGUGGCAUGAGUCAGACCCCAACACAAACUGCUAAUCCAAUGGGUGGGCUCGGGGACCUGUCUGGCCUGUUGGGCCUGGGCAUGGGUUCGUCCAGCUUCAUGGAGAUGCAGCAGCAGGUGCAGAGUCAGCUGAUGUCCAACCCAACGAUGCUGACGCAGAUGAUGGGCAACCCCAUGGUCCAAAACAUGAUGUCCAACCCAGACCUGAUGAGACAAGUGUUAGCAGGCAAUCCUCAGAUGCAGAAUCUCAUGGACAGUAACCCGGACGUCUCCAGCAUGUUCAACAACCCUGAGCUCAUGAGACGGAUUCAGAGUCCGGAGACACUGUCCAUGCUGACCAACCCCAGAGCCAUGCAGGCCCUCACCCAGAUCCAGCAGGGCCUGCAGACCCUACAGACAGAAGCCCCCGGGUUCCUGUCCAGACUGUCUCCUGGAGGUCUCACAGUUCCUCCAGUCACAGGGGGCAGCAUCCCCCAGGUGAACCCUCAGCCUCCUGCCAUGACAACAGCAUCCAGUCCCUCUCAGCAGCAGCUCAUGCAGCAGAUGUUACAGAUGUUCUCAGAGGGCGGGCCAUCACUUCAGGGCCCAGAGGAUCGGUUCAGGCACCAGCUAGAGCAGCUCAACACCAUGGGCUUCGUUGACCGCGCAGCCAACCUGCAGGCGCUCAACGCUACAGGAGGGGACCUCAACGCCGCCAUCGAGAGACUUAUAAAUUAACUGGUUAUUGUGCGGUUGACGGUGGAGAAGUGUGAGAGUUGGGGACUGGCAUGGUAGAUUAAUAGUAAAUACAUGAAGACGGCCCUACUUUAUAGGCUGACCUAACACCCUGUUAGACACAGUUGUAAAUCAUAGUGAGAGAGUUUGAAGGAUGUUGUUGGUUUAUAACAUGAAUUGUUGAUGUUAAAAUGCCGUGGCAGCGCUGCUACUAUAAUAUGACCAAUGAGUUAUUCCUAACUGCAGCGGGACAGGAUUUCUGACAAAAAAAGUGCUCAUUCAGUAAAAUCUGCAUGAGGUUACCAUGAAAUAUGAUUAUUUAAUUUUAACAGAUUAUAAUUGGGUAGUAAUAUAAAGAGAUUUGAUUUAGGAUGUUGUUCCAGUAUAGGUUGGGUGAUGGUCUUUGUUCUGAGCUUGUUUACACAUUUCUUGUCAUAUUCUUGCCUGGUAUUUAUUGAACUAUCUCACCAUUUAAGUUUUUUUUAACCUGACAGGUUCUUCUUCAAUUUCCCCUAAAACAUUGUCAGUGCUGAAUCUUGUUUGUAAUGUUUUACGAGAAUGAAAAGUGGUAGUUUUCAGAUUAUAGGAGGACCAAAGGUGUGUAAAAUGAGCAUUGGGAUAAGGGUUGGAAAAUACAACAUUGUAGCAAUGAGAGGAUAGAGACAUUUCAAAUGGUAGAGAUUUUGCAAUUCUAUGAUGUAAGCAUACCUUUUAAUAUCUCUGGCUGUAUUGCCAAUGGUGAUGCCAUAUGGGGAUUUUGGGUUUAUAGGGAUUAUUUUUUGCAGAAUGGGCCAAAACAGCAAUUUGCAUUUUGUUGUUUGGGUCUACAAAUUGUUCUAAAAUAGAAAUUCCAGAAUCAAUAUAUCGCCUUAAGAUCACAUUAACUUUGACCUAAAAUUCACAUCACCCACUGUUACUCAUGUCAUGUGAUUUCCUGUCAACUAUGAACUAAAUACACUUGCAUCCAUUAAAGAUUUCUUUUGUUCUAACAUA